AUGUCAUCAAAGUCUUCAGUCUUUGCGACCGUGGCCUAUACGCCACCGGACGCGAUCUUCGAACUCACCAAAGCCUAUAUAGCCGACCCAGACACUCGCAAAGUGAAUCUAGGCCAAGGUACCUAUCGAGAUGGCGAUGGACAUCCCUGGGUACUUCCAGCGGUUGAAGCAGCCAAGGAUGCGAUCAAGAAUUGCAACCACGAAUACCUUCCAAUCCUGGGCCAUCCACCUUUUCGCAGACUAGUUACGGAGUUGGUCUUCAGGAAGGAGUCCACCGUUAUUCGCGAGAGUCGAGUCGCCUCUUGUCAGGCAUUAUCGGGUACCGGAGCACUACACGUGGCAGGAAUGUUGCUCAGGCGGGCACUUGGUCAAGAUCGAACCGUCUACAUCACCAAUCCGAGCUGGUCCAAUCACAGAAUGGUCUUCGAAUCAGUGGGUUUCUCAGUUCGAGAGUUCGAUUAUGCGUCGAGGGACGGGAUUGGCAUGGAGUCGCUACUUCGAGCCUUAACUGAGGCAGACCCAUUGUCAAUCUUUGUGCUUCAUGCUAGCGCACACAAUCCAACUGGGUGGGAUCCUAGUCCAGAACAAUGGCGACAGAUAGGUGCUAUCAUGAAGGAGAGAAGCCUACUCCCUUUGUUUGACGCUGCGUACUUGGGAUUGACGUCCGGAGACUACGAGCAAGACGCGUAUGCCAUCCGGUACUUUGCUGAGGAGUUGGAUCUGGAGAUGGGUGUCUGUAUUUCCUUCGCCAAAAGCAUGGGACUCUAUGGCGAGAGGACCGGGCUGUGUGCUUUUGUAUCACGCAACCACAACAUCGCCAAUAAUGUGGAGUCAAGUUUAGCGCAGUUAAUUCGCGGCGAAAUCUCCAAUCCUCCGGCAUUCGGUGCUCGUGUCGUCACGGCAAUUCUAGCAAACGAUGGCCUAUCGUCUCAGUGGCGGCGUGAUCUUACCACGAUGAGCUCGCGCAUUACUGGAAUGAGGAAGCAGUUAAGUGAUGAAUUGACAGCGCUAGAUAUCCCGGGCGACUGGAAGAAAAUCAUGCAGCAGAAAGGCAUGUUUUGCGUGCUCGGUCUUACACCCGAGCAAGUUCACGACCUAAAAGCUGGUCUGUAUGAGGGUAAUGUGCGGUAUGUGGCCGAGUGCAUCCAUCAGGUUGUUUGUCAGCCAGGAGUAGCUUAA